ACUGACACUUUGAUGUGAGCGGCUACCUUUGAUAGAGAUUGGAAAGCUGGUAAAGAAACAACGGCAUCAACAAAACUGGCGCUGGAGAAUAUUUGUUAGGAAACUAUGCCGAUAAUCUCUACUCAAUUGUUUUUCAACUGUGUGGUUUAGGUGGUUGAAAAGCUCUUCGGUGGAAGAAGUUCUUGCAAAUAACUGCUUAAGACUAGGAACAUGGAGAAAUUCAAGGCUGGUAUGGUCCUGGGCGGCGUUGGAGAUGCCUUGGGCUUCAGAAAAGGCCGUUGGGAAAGUUGCACAUCAGGCAGAAAGAUCCAGGAGGAACUGGCAUCCUUGGGCGGUCUGGGAGCUCUAAAACUGGACCCAGAUAACUGGCCGCUGAGUGAUGCAACAUUGAUGCACAUAACCACUGCUGAGGCACUUAUAACAGAUUACUGGUGUCUGGAGGACCUGUACCGUGAGUUGGUGCGUCUCUACGUUGAAGCCAUGGUGUCCCUCCAGGGAAGAAGCCCUGAUCCGGCAACAGUUGAAGGCUGUGUUCACCUUAAACCGCAUAAUUUUCUCCUUGCCUGGCAUACACCCUUCAAUGAAAAAGGGUCUGGAUUUGGUGCAGCUGCUAAGGCCAUGUGUGUGGGUAUGAGAUACUGGCAACCUGAGAGACUAGAGAGCCUAGUGGAGGUCAGCAUUGAGACCGGAAGGAUGAUCCAUAAUCAUCCCACAGGCUUUCUGGGUUCCCUGACAACAGCGCUGUUUGCUUCUUAUGCAAUCCAAGGAAAACCUCUUGGAACUUGGGGCCGUGAGCUCAUGAAAGUAAUCCCUCGAGCUGAGGAGUACUGCAGGAAAACCAUAAGACAAAUGGCAGAAUAUCAAGAAAACUGGUUCUACUUUGAAGCUAAGUGGCAGUUUUACUUGGAAGAAAGGGAACUAGAAAAAGAAGGUCAGAAUAAACCGUUGGUGGAAAAUCGCUACGAUGCUGACGACACAGAUAAGAUGUACAAGCGAUGGAGUUCAGAGGGACGUGCUGGCCGGAGGGGACAUGAUGCCCCGAUGAUAGCCUAUGAUGCCCUCCUUAUUGCAGGAAGCGAUUGGGCAGAACUGUGCAGAAGAGCCAUGUUCCACGGAGGGGAGAGUGAAGCCACAGGCCUGAUCGCUGGUUGCCUCUAUGGCCUUAUGUAUGGUCUAAAUCAAGUUCCUUCAAGCCUGUACCAGGAUUUAGACAAAAGGCAACGCUUGGAGGAGCUCGGAGAGGCGCUUUACAAAGCAGCAUCUGCAGAGAAGUGCAUAGACAAGUAAAACUGCUGCCUAUUGGCUCUAUCAAAAGGAACUGCACGACCCAAAGACCUCUCUUCCCUGCACUGUCCUUUAGUUCUCUUUGGUAGAUCCUCUUUCUAAUGUAACAUGUCCUUUUCAUCCCCCCACACCCCCUUGGUCUUGCCAUCCAUAAACCACCCAAGUAUAUUUCAUGAACCACAAAAAUAUCAAAGGUUAGGCUAUCCUGUUUGUCGAUAUGCAUCUGACUAGCGUGUAUUCCAUAUAAAGUGUAUCGCUAACAUGGAUUUGAAGAUGAAUGGACGCUUGUAUUGGAUUGCAGUGUGGAGAAGUAAAACUUAAGUAAACUAUAGCAACUGAGGAUGAUUCUAACUCUAAUCCCCUAUUGCUUAAAGGGGACCUGUUGUACUGAAUUGUGCACUCCUCUAGAGCAGCUACACAUAAUAACCCGCACUUUCUAGAUCUUCCUGAAUCUGCACCUAUUCCAGCUGUAUUUCUUUGGAUUUCCAAAACGAUCUGUUUGAAUUCAUUCAACCCACACCCCUCCUCCGGGCAUACCCACUCUGCUGUGAUUGAUCCCACUCAGCUCCUACGGCUAACAGCAAGGAAGUCCAUCUCACUGUGACGUUGCGGAGAAAAAAAACUCUCUGAGAACCAACCCAAACUUCUAUCCAACUGCCAAAUAAUAAUAAUAAUAAUAAUAAUAAUAAUAAUAAUAAUAAUACAACAUUCUAACAAAAUUUAUCGGACAGAAGAGUCGAAAAAGCACAAUAGGUCCUCUUUAAUGUUAAUUUAUAUUAACAUUUGAUUCCAGUGCAAGAUUUUUUCAUGAUAGUUGGACAAUGGGGAAAAUACAUAAAACAUACAAUAAUCCUACUCUCAAUUUCAAUAUUGCUCCCAAUGAUAUAACUACAUUUGACAGUAAUGUAACCGUAUUCAGUGCAUAACAGUGACAUGAGUGUCAUUGAGUGCUAAGGCAGCCAUGUGAUGGGUGAUUUGAGCUAUGACAAACCUUUUAGUAAAGCAUGGGAAAUAACCAUACCAUAGUGAUGAUUAAAAUGUUCUUAGAUCUUGUAUAUAAACUCUGCCUCUCUUCCUCUUCUAAUAUUGUUUCUACUUUAAUAUUGUACCUUUCUUUCACCCAAAUAAUCUAUAAACUAAUCAAUACUACUUAAACUAAUCAGUGCUGCUAAAUAUGUCUAAUUGUUUUCCAACAGUGCAUUUUUAUGGUGACAUUUUUUGAGUUCCAUAAAAUUAAACUCAAAGGGCAAAUUUACUUUCUUUUUUGUAUAAUCCAUCGUUCACAAUCCUUAUGUGAAACAUGAACACAUUUAUUUCCCAUUUCUGUGCAUUAUAACAUGAAAAAACAAGUUAUUUUCAUUGGGAUACAUCUAUUUUGACUAUGAAGCCGUCUUAAAAACGCCUCUACCAACACUGCAUGGUUUCAUAUUCAUGCUGUGAUCAUGCAUUAACACGUACACUGAUGAUAACAUGGAAUAGUUGCAGUAUCUUGCUGUAUUUUAUGAUUUAAAACACUAUAGAAACUCCAUUCCUCUGUGCAUCGAUAGACUGAACAAGAUGCUUGUUUGCCGUCAGCGUUUUUUUACCUGAAGACUGGAGCACACGUCUUCUGCUGGAACACACAGCCAUCCCAGAGCAGAGAUCAUAAGAGUUGUAGCAGCUGUUUUUUUUUUUAGAGGGAUUCGUAGUCGAAAUAGGGUUAUCCCAAUGACAGCAUUAUGAAUUGGCUGAAUUUAACUUGUUUUCUUGUAUUAUAAAGCACAUAAAAGGGAAAGAAAUAUGUGUUGAUGUUUCACGUAAGGAUUGUGAAUGAUGGGCAAAAUUCCACCCCAAAAAUGCAGCCCUCCCCCUUUUUUAGUUCCCCUUUUAAAAAGCAUGAAUUUAAUAGCAUAAAUUAUGUGUGGGAUUCAUUGUUAUCUUCAAUUGACUGACAUUUAAAAAUGUUCUGAUGCUCAUGUUUCUAUUUUUGUUAGUUAUCCAUUUUCACUCGUUACAUUUGACAGUUUGUUGCUUGUAUACAUAAAACCAGACUGUAGCAACCAGUCACCCUCAUGUUCAAUUGGUCAUUAUGCUUUUUGUUUCUGUUUUUGUAGUUUGCUAAACAGCAUAACUGAAAGGUUUUUAGAAACAUUGUUAUCUGAAUCCAUAUUUGACAUGGAUCACAAUGGAUUUUGAAAUUGCUGUAUGAUCCAA